GUGUGACACUUAUUAAGGAUUUAGCGAUGUCCUAAGGCGCAGUCAGGUGUGUUGGUCUGCGGAGUGCUGCGCAGACCGUUUGGCGUAUGACAUCACAGUAUCGCGAGAGCAAAGCAGGCUUGUCGUUGGCGGGCGCUAGAGGGCGCUGAGCGUCAGUCACGCGCUCAAUCACCACGCACACACAAACAGCAGAAGAAAACAUUAUCAUCAUAACGUGUAGCACGAUCGUAAAAACAAAACAACAUAACUUAUUCAGAUUGUAAGGAACAGACAUGAAACUAUACUGUUUGUCGGGUCACCCGACUCUUCCCUGUAAUGUGCUCAAGUUUAAAUCCACUACGAUCAUGCUGGACUGUGGACUGGACAUCACAGCAGCUCUGUAUUAUCUGCCACUGCCUCUGGUUCACAGUCCAAGAUUAUCCAAACUUCCAGGAUGGGUGUCCAAGGAUGGAGCAGUAAACCUAGAAAAAGAGUUGAAGGAAUGCUCCGGCCGCGUGUUUGUGGACUCGCAACCAGAAUUUUGUCUACCUGAAAGAGACCUGCUGGAUCUGUCCACCAUAGAUGUGAUCUUGAUUUCAAACUAUCACUGCAUGAUGGCUCUGCCGUAUAUAACCGAACACACGGGUUUUACAGGAACCGUGUACGCCACAGAACCCACCCUACAGAUCGGCAGGUUGUUGAUGGAGGAGUUGGUGACGUUCAUGGAGAGAGUCCCAAAAGCUCAGACUGCCACCUGCUGGAAAAACAAAGAAAUACAAAGGUUGCUCCCGGGACCUCUGAAGGACGCUGUGGAAGUGUGGAGCUGGAAGAGAUGUUACAACAUGCAGGAGGUGAAUUCUGCUCUCAGUAAAGUUCAGCUGGUGGGAUAUUCACAGAAAGUGGAGUUAUUCGGAGCGGUUCAGGUCUCUCCGUUGAGUUCGGGAUAUUCACUGGGCAGCUCAAACUGGAUCAUUCAAUCGCAUUAUGAGAAAGUGUCGUAUGUGUCCGGGUCUUCACUGCUCACCACGCACCCUCAGCCCAUGGACCAGAGCUCAUUGAAGAACAGUGAUGUUCUCAUCCUGACAGGUCUGACACAAAUCCCCACCGCAAACCCAGACGGCAUGCUGGGAGAAUUCUGCAGUAAUCUGUCUAUGACGAUCCGUGCAGGAGGGAACGUGUUGGUCCCGUGUUAUUCCUCGGGUGUUAUUUAUGACCUGCUGGAGUGUCUCUAUCAGUUUAUGGACUCGGCCAACCUGGGCAACACUCCCUUUUACUUCAUUUCCCCGGUGGCCAACAGCUCUCUGGAGUUCUCACAGAUCUUUGCCGAAUGGUUGUGUCAGAACAAACAGUCUAAAGUUUAUCUGCCCGAGCCGCCCUUCCCUCACGCCGAGCUGAUCCAGACUAAUAAACUGAAACAUUAUCCCAGUAUUCACGGAGAUUUCAGCAGCGAGUUUCGCCAGCCGUGUGUCGUGUUUACCGGACAUCCGUCGUUGAGGUUCGGUGAUGUCGUGCACUUUAUGGAGCUGUGGGGUAAAUCCAGCUUGAAUACAAUCAUCUUUACUGAACCGGAUUUCUCUUACCUGGAUGCUCUGGCACCGUACCAGCCGCUGGCCAUGAAGUGUGUUUACUGUCCCAUUGACACGCGCCUGAACUUCCACCAGGUCUCCAAACUCCUCAAGGACAUCCAGCCUCUUCACGUGGUCUGUCCUGAGCAUUACACUCAACCUCCUCCAGCUCAACCUCACCGCACAGACCUGAUGUUAGAGCUGCAGCCUCCGCCCAUGGCCUACCGCCGCUGCUCCGUCCUGGGGCUUCCCUUCCGGCGGCGAUACGAGCGCAUUCACCUGCUGCCUGAGUUGGCUAAAUCCCUGGUGCCCUCAGAGAUGAAGCCUGGAGUUUCUGUAGCUACGGUGUCAGCGGUCCUGCAGUCUAAAGAUAACAAACACGUGCUGCAGCCGGUGCCCAAACCCGCUCCGGUGCCGCCCAGUAAGAAGAGGAAGAGAGUGACAGAAGAAGCUCCUGAGGUUCUAAACCCUAAACCUCUGCUGACCGGAGCCAUUCCCCUUGAACCUUUCCUGGCUUUACUGCACAAGAACGACAUCACAGAGGUGAAGGUGGAGGAGACGGCGGGCGGUCACAUUCUCCACCUGCAGGCUGAAGAUGUUCUCAUUCAGUUAGAGGAGGAGGGCACGCACAUCAUCUGUGAUCACAACGAGUCGCUGCGGACCGCACUCAGAGAUCUGGUGCUGCGAUUCCUACACAAACUUUGACCUCUGACCUCUGCACAUAACUGAUCUAAAGCUCAGCAACUGGAUGAACUCAUUCCCAACUAUGCCACUCAUCUUUGCAUUGUGACUUUUACUUUGCUGUUGUAUAUCAUUGUGAAAUAACUUUUAAAAUAAAAUGUUUUUUU